CUUUUCUGACUUUUUUUUUGCUUGCCCGAACGAACUUCAUGCCUUGUUGGACCCUGGAACGCCCCCUCGUCUCGUACACGUGUAGUAGGAGUACGAAUACUUGGGCUGGUUGAUCCCCUUCUUUCACAUAUCAUGGCGUUACCUUCUUCGCACGCCGAGGCGCCAUCCACUGCUACAUCUAUGCCCAGCCAACAAGAUCACCACCACCUUACGUCUGCAUCUGCGUCUGCGUCUGAUCCUACUACUGCUACUGCACCUGCUACUGCUUCUGCUCCCCGUGGCGAAGAGGUCACCGCUCCUCCUUCGUCAGAUCAAGGUGAGUGAAUGAGACACAGGGCGCUAAACCGAGAUGGUCCUGGCAGCUUCUGCCUCCUCUCCUUGACCUUCUCUUUCACCCGCGCGUGCGCUACUAGGUACACGCACUACACAGUACAGGCAUCAACUCCGAUUGCCUGGUGUAGCCCGGCCCUUUCUUCACUUGUCCAUCCUCCACCUUUAUUUUAUAUCUAUUCCCAUGUGCCUCCCCCCGAAUUGCCCCAAUACAGACAGAAAUGGAAUAGGUGGUAGACAGAGCAAGGGUCUGGACCAUCUUGGCUUGCGAGCCGAUACUUGACCCCAAUACCUACCUAUUCAUACACGAUGCCAAAGAGUGGCACACGCUACUCCAACACAACCCUCCUCCUCCUCCUUCUUGCUUUACCCCGUUUUCAUUUUGUCCACAGCACCCUGGAUGCGGUGCAUGUUGCAUGACUUAUGAGUGUCGUGUUGCACAAAACCAAAACAGCGUACAGGCCAUAUACAUGACAGGAUUGAUAUAACUGACAGUCCAGCCCCCUUGGAAACCAACAUCAGGCCACCCGUGGCCGCGACCACCACCCCAGUCCCAGUCCUAGUCCCGGUCCCAGAUCCAGACGUCGGCGCGCCCCAGCUCCAUCACCCUCACCCUCACCCGCACCACCAGCCCACCCCGCACGCGACUGCGACGGAGACGGCUGCGGCUGCUGCUGCUACGCCGCCAGCAUUAGCUGCUACUGCUACUGCUACGCCCGCGGCCACCCUGCCCGAAGCUUCACUUGCCCUUCAUAUAAAGCGGACGGCGCCCGCUUCCUCGUCCCUCGACUCGCCUCUCAUGCCUCCUGCUUCUCCUUCCUCGUCAGCUGCGCCGUCGGCCAACCCCUCGUCAAAGCCAGACCCACCUCCUUCCUCCUCCUCGAACUCCAAGAUGCUCUUCUCAGACAUGUACAAGUCUUCACGCUCACCGCUGGCCAAGUUCCGUCUGUCCAUGUCACAGCAGCCUCUGGCCUUGGACUUGCCCGACUACGAUCCUGAUCUGCUUAGCAAGGACAAAGAAAAGCAAAAGGCAGCUGUCAAGAAGUACUUGACCGCCAAAAUUCGCAACGAUUGGGAAUUCGUAUGGCCACCAGUCGUACCCCCGCCCCAGAACGGCGAUGCUACACCCGAUGUUAGUGCAACACCCGAACAGGACACCGCCGAGAAACCGCAACAAGAAACUUCUGAACCAAAGGUCGAAGCUACGGCGACCUCGAAUGAUGAAGCCAUUCACACAACAGACAGCGAAGAAGAAGAAGACGAAGAGGAAGACAGCGACGCUGAGUCCGUCUACAGCACCGUCUCAGAAGAUGCCGCGCGUUUCAAACCUCGCCUAGAAUGGGUGUCUGACCUGUCCGACGAAGAUCCUCCCCUAUCUCUCUCUCCAUUCCGUUUCGACAGCCCCGAUGCAAUCGGCGCGACAGUCAAGGCCUCUAUAGCAGACAAGCGUGCGCGGAGACGGCGAGCCCUGCGCGAGGAGAUGGAAUGGAAUGAAGGGUUGGCUUGCUUUGAGGCAAGGCGCAAUGCCUGGACAGGCGCAAGAACGGUGCGCGUUCGCACCAAGCCCGUUUCUCCUACGCAGACGUUCUCCCCUCUCUCCCCACGCCGCCUCUUCUUCCGCACAUCGUUCUCCCAUCCUCAACCCGCUCCCGCCUCACCAGCGUCGCCUGCGCAUUCCCUGCAACAGCGGGUGAGCAACGAAGCUUCAGCCGCUGUCUCAGACGGCUCUGAGCUCUCCAAGGACCCGUCCAAGGAACUCACCGCGAUAAAGUCUAAAGAGUCUCAAAAGUCGACGGCAUCUCCCACGUCAACGACAUACCCCGUCGAGACACUCAUUCCUGUUCCAGCGCCACUGCUCCCACCGGGUAACCCGAUGCGCGCAUCUAUUACUCCCUCCGUAUACAUUUCCCUAUACGAGAAAGUCAUUGUCCAUGCGCUGACACCCUCCUGUCCCGUCAACUUGUCAGACAUGAUCCGGGCGUGCGUGGUUGGCUGGAAGCGGGACGGCGAGUGGCCACCGAAGCCCUCGGCCGCGGAACCCGGUAUCGUGGCCGUACGACGGCGCAAGAAGUCAGUGACGGAUGGGCAGGGCCCAAAUCCCACUCGUAGGAUGAGCUUUGGAUUCUUAGGUAGAGGCGAGAAGGCAGCUGAUGGCCAGGACGACGGCACCGGAAAGGGUAUUAGGAAGAGCCUUCAAAGAGUGCUCGGUCUUGGGCAUCACCAUACUGCCUCCACUGGCUCCGCCAACGGGGGCAAUAACGGCGCAUAGAUGGGAGAUGCAUUGCCACGGUGCAGGCUUCUCCUUUACGAAGGAUGAUGAUUAUGAUGAAAGAAGAUUUAAUACGGAUGAUCUUUUCCUUUGGGUAACAGGCAUCUCGAAGGCACAAAAAGGGCUUGAAUAUGGAGGUUCCAUGGGGUGGUGACUUCAUGGGACGGGAAAGUUGUUCUCGCGACAGAUACCCAUACAAUUCAGUAGUUGGACAGUCAGUGGCAGCAUGCCACGUUAAUGAACACGGUUCUCUUGGUGCAUAAUACGCCUCCAGCAUCUCUACUGCCGCUGAUGAUGC